AUGGCGUAUCUGAGACCUACCCUCUCUCAAAUUUCCCUUUCCCAAUCCAAUUUUCCCAGAAAUUCUACAUGGAAUAAUCCACAACACUAUUUUUUCCACAAAAGGAUGCAAAAUUUCAAUUCUUUCAGGGUCUGCUCUAGUUCUAAAGAUACAAAAAACCAAAACAAUGGAGAAGAGCCACCAGAGUCAUUAUUUAUGAAGGAAUUGAAGAGGAGAGGUAUGAAUCCUACAUCAUUGCUUGAGGAUUACAAGCAACCCAACUAUGGACUUGAUGAAGAGGCUUUCGUGAAUGAAGAAGAUAAAAGUUUCCCAAAGAGAAAAGCGGUGUCAACCGAUGUUGAGAGGGGUCUUGAUAAUCAAAGGGAGCGGUCUAUGGCGCUGAACAGCGAAGGUCUUGAGGGCUUGGUGCCUCGAGCUAAGCUUCUAUUGACACUCGGUGGAACGUUCUUCUUAGCAUUUGGGCCGUUGAUCCUCAUAACUGUGGCAUUUUUUUCUGCUCUUUACUUCUAUUUUGGACCGAGUUUUGUUCACGACGGAAGCAAGAUGUCACUAUCAACUCCGCAAUAUGUGGACCCUUACGCACUCUUAGAAGAUGAAAGAAUAUCUCAGAUCGCGCCUCGGCUAAAUUAA